CCUCACCUCACAUUCAUUGCAAAAUAUAUAGGCCCCUCCGCCUUCAGCACUAACAUAUUCACAAUGGCUACCAAGCCUCAUCAUGAUGCAGACGACAGCGCUAUAACAGAAGAGCGGGGUGUUUAUACGUUUAGACCCAGAGCAUUUAACAUUGUAUGGGGAAAUGACAAUCGCUACUGGCGGAUUCCAUCUCGCCCAACAUCGGCACGGAAUAACAAUGAUGAAGUUGCAGAGCUGGUUCAAGUGUCCUGGCUUGAAGUAACCGGUGUAGCCAAACUAGAAAGUUCGAUAACUUAUCAAGUUACCUUCACACUGAGCUUCAAAGAGAAUGCAUCUGGUUGGAGCGGGUGCCCUGUUUUCUUGAUGGCUAAGGUAGGGAAGAAGGGAAAGUACAAGUGGAAAAGGCUAAAGGAACUGGAAUCCCUUCCUAAGGUACCGACAGAAGUUCCAAGCAACAGUGAACCGUUCCUUGUUGAAGUUCCGAAGGAUGUUCCUGACAAAAGGCUUUAUUUCGGUUUGUAUGAAGUGUGGAGCGGGCAAUGGAAGAAAGGUUUGAGAGUUCACGGAGCAACCGUCAAGGAAAAGAAGUGAAGAAAGAUAUAGAUAGCUUGGUAUAUGUAUAGGUGUGGCAUGGUUUUAUUUUGUAUUGCAUAUGGUAGAUCAUGAAUAAAUGGGACUGAGUUGUAAGUUUCAUAACCUAAAUAGAUCCUAAAUGUGCAUCAAAAUAUAAAUUGACACACCAAAGAUAUUAAAUCAUAACCUAUCCAUAAAUUUACAGCCAUCAGCGUUAGUGAAUGAGGCUUAAGGUGAUAUAUAUAUAGGUUCAAAGCCAUCAGAUGUAUCCUGCACAAAGAGAGAAAAUUUUCACUGGAAAAGUCUGUUUGAAUCCAAUUCCAAAUAAGCUGUCUCCAGGCA